AUGGAGGCUGAGGAGCCCCAACAUGGGGCCUCGACCCCCAUCCCUGCCUUAGCGGAGCUCAGUGUUAUCCCGGAAGCUCUCAGGAGAAGCAGUCAGACCGCGACCUUGGGGCCCAAAGUUCAAGAAGGCUGGGAGCCAUCCUCCACAUGGGCAGAGGGACGAGGACUCUCGGAGACCCAGCAGGGAGACUUAAGGGAUAUGAAUAACUGUGCAACCAAGAGCAUGACCUCCUUCCCCAAGGAAGCCCCUGCAGGUGCGGAGACCAACCAGGAAGACUCUGUGGGGGAGACAGGGGACACCCCAGAGCGCCAGGAGGCAGUGCCUCAGAGCCUGGCAGAUGGACAGGCGAGGACACCGGCUCCCUCAGAGCUCAGGGCCUGCCCUGUUCAAGGUGAACAUCUAGGCGUGGUCCCAGUAUCCAGUGAGCUGGAUAGCGGAGUGGAGAUGGAAUUUAGACCAGAACUCGCUUCUUUGACUGGGGGAACUGGACACGCAGAAGAGAAGGAGGAGGUUUUCCCAGACACCUCUGCUCAGCCCAGAUUUGGGCCUUCCUGUGAAGAGCACCCAGCAGAGACCCACCAGCCAGGGGACUCUGUUGGGCAGGGGGAAGAGCUGCAGUCUACGGAGGCAGAAGAAAGUCCAGUGAGAGGGGGACUCAUGUGCCUCCUGGGGGCCGAGGGGCUGGAGGAGCAGGGACGAGUGGAAGGGGGCUUCCAGGAGGAAGGAUCUGUCAGGGAGGAUGGGAGUUUAGGGGAGCAGGAACAGCCGGGGGAGCAGGUUAAUGGCACAGAGGGAGAAAGGCAAAAACAGGAGCAGAUACAAGGUGAUGUGAUGCUUGCAAAACAGGGAGAAAGAAUGGGGCUUUCUGGGGAGUUGGAAGGUCCACACUGUAGUGAGCAGGAGAGGAAGACUCUGGGCCAGCAAGAGCUACAGCAGGGAGAGGAGGGGAAGAGGGAGUUAGGGGGGUCAGGGGAGAGGAAGAUGGAUGCUCAGAACGAGGAGAAGCAAAGCUCAGCGGGGAGAUCAGGGAAAGUAACUGGAAGGCAGGAAGGUCGAGGGCUUCAGCGCAAAGUGAUGUCAGUGGAGGGGCAGGAGGAGCAGCUGGGGAAUUGGGAUGGGGACCCGCUGUGGGGAGAGGCCAGAGAAGGAAGUACAGAAGAGGCGGGGGCACGUGAUGGUCCUUCCACAUUGGCUCCAGUAGCCCCUGAGUUCUCGUCUCCCUGUGACGCGUUUCUAGACACCUGUUAUCCCAUGACCAGUAUUCCUGGGACUCAGAAGGAGCCCAGGGCUGAGGAACUAUCCCCUGUAGCUCCAGCUCCUAUAUUGGAGCCAGGAGGAUUGUCCUGCCAGCCAGCUUCUUCACUUGGCUCUCUUCCUGCUGGGGAGUCACCUGACCAAGAAACAGCUCAGGAUGGCCAGCAGGAGGGAUCCGAGCUGGGGAACAGGGCAGUGUUCAGCCAGGAGACCGAGAUGGUCUCUGCCAGGACAUCAGCCGCUCCUCCAAGGAUACCAGAUUCAGCUCCUUUCAGUCCUGCCAAUGUCUCCCCAAGCACAGCUACAUCAUCAUCUGCCAGCCCCCUAGUUGCCUCUCCCAGGAGGGAGCCCUCUCUUGUUGCACAUUCUCCAGAAACCUCCAGAGCAUCUCUUUGGACUAACAACGCAUCUCACUGUGGGGCUUCUGAGACUCCCCCAGCUGCUCUCUGUGGCUUCCUGUCUGCAGAGGCCACCAUGGAAAUAUCCACCAGCUCCAAUCGGGCCAACCCUCAGAGCCCCCUAGGCCACUCUACAGGGGCUGUCCAGCACCUAAGGAGCAACUCCUUCCCAGGCUUUCAUAGGACAGAGCCAACUCCGGACCUGCUGGGACUAUCACUUUCCUUCUCCCAUUCAGAGUUGCCCCAGAGGGCCCCCAAACCUGCCCUCUAUGGCUCUAUGAUCCCGAGAAGGGACAGGAAAAGUGGUAGGGACUGCAGGAUCAUUCCAGAAUCCCCUAGUUCAUUAUCUACUCUGGGGCAGGACUCUCAAGAAUUCACUUCAAGUCCGGAAAGAUCCAGUAGUCCCUGUAGCACCCAGCCAUGUGGCUCCCGACACACUUCAGCCUCUGCCCCAGAGUCUCCUGCCUAUGGCUCUUCCCCACCCCUUGUCUCUGUAGAUGUGAGGAUCCAUGAACCUCUGCCCCCUCCUCCCCCAGAGAAGAGGCGUGUUCACCCCUCCAUGGUAGAGAGAGACAGCCAUCUCCACGUAGGAGUUCCCACGCUGAAGCGAUGUGGCCAUUCUCUUCCAUUGGCCCCAGGUUUGGGGCUACAUGGCCCCCCCAAAGGCCCACUUCCCCCAGUUCCUGACUCCCUUGUGGCAAGGCAGCACCGUCCUCUGCCCUCUACCCCGGACACUCCCCAUCCUACUCAGACCUCCUUCUCCCACAGGCUGAGAUACAACAAGCCAUUACCCCCAACUCCUGAUUUGUCCCAGCCCCACCAUUCUGUUUCUUCUUCUAGUAGUCCAAGGAUCUACAGGCCUCUACCCCCUGUCCCUAUUAUGGAUCCUCCCACUGAACCACCCCCGUUACCCCCGAAGUCCAGGGGGAGGAGUAGGAGCACUCAGGGAGAACUCAUGAAUGCAGGGGGUCAGGGCAAGCCAAGGCCUGUUUGUCAAGAGCGGAUAGUCUCCACUCCCCAUUCUGUUGGACGUACCUCCUGGCCCCCAGCCAUGGGCCGAUCAACAGACUCUUUGGCCUCCACCAGCAGGAGCAAGAGGGAAGUGUCCUCUGGCAUGGCUUUCAGCAACGUGGCAACCCUUCUAAGUCCCUCUUCCCCAACCACACACUGGAGUCUGGAGCUUCAGGGACCCACCUCUGAACCAGGACCCUCAGAAGAGUCUGAGGCCCCUGCCAGAGGAUCUUUGAGAAGAACAGCCCCUCAGGAAGGAGCCAAUGGCCUGAAGAGGUUGGAUGUAGGCCAAGCAAGGCAGGCAGAAAAACUCAGCCAUCCCCAUCUGGAAAAGGCAUCCAGCUGGCCCCACAGGCGGGACCCAGGGAGACCACCAGAGAGCAGCAGUGGGCAGGUUGCAGAUCCUGGUGAGGGAUCCAGUAAGCACAAGGGCUGGAACCGGCAAGGCCUGCGCAGACCUUCCAUCUUGCCUGAGGGCUCUUCAGAUACAAGAGGUCCAGCCGUAGAAAAAUCCCUUGGCCCUUCAGACACCAUUGUUUUUCGGGAGAAAAAACCAAAGGAGGUAAUGGGAGGCUUUUCAAGACGCCGCUCGAAGCUCAUCAACUCCUCUCAGCUGCUUUACCAGGAGUACAGUGAUGUGGUUCUGAACAAGGAGAUUCAGAGCCAGCAGCGGCUGGACAGCCUGGGAGAGGCGACCGGGUCCGCCUCUCCCCGGCAGCCCCGGAGGACCCUGGUCUCCUCAGAGUCUUACCUGCAGCGCCUGUCCAUGGCCUCCAGUGGCUCCCUCUGGCAGGAAAUCCCCGUGGUGCGUAAUAGCACCGUGCUGCUCUCCAUGACCCACGAAGAUCAAAAACUGCAAGAGGCCAAAUUUGAGCUGAUCGUGUCAGAGGCCUCCUACCUACGCAGUCUGCAUGUGGCCGUGGAUCAUUUCCAGCUCUCAGCCCCGCUGCGGGCCACCCUUUCCAACCAGGAAUACCAGUGGCUCUUCUCUCGUUUACAGGACGUGCGUGAAGUCAGCACCACGUUCCUUUCAGACCUGGAGGAGAACUUCGAGAGCAACAUCUUCACCUUCCAAGUGUGUGAUGUCGUCCUGAACCAUGCUCCCAAUUUCCGCCGGGUCUACCUGCCUUAUGUCACCAACCAGACCUACCAGGAACGUACUUUCCAAGGCCUGCUGAACAGCAACAGCAGUUUCCGAGAGGUCCUGGAGAAGCUGGAGAGCGACCCCGUCUGCCAGCGCCUUUCCCUCAAGUCCUUCCUGAUCCUGCCCUUCCAGCGCAUCACACGUCUCAAACUGCUGCUCCAGAACAUUCUGAAGAGAACACAGCCUGGCUCUUCCGAGGAAGCAGAGGCCACAAAGGCACAUCAUGCACUGGAGGAGCUGAUCCGGGACUGCAAUAACAAUGUCCAGAGGAUGCGACGGACAGAGGAGCUCAUCUACCUGAGCCAGAAGAUUGAGUUUGAGUGCAAAAUCUUCCCACUCAUCUCACAGUCACGCUGGCUGGUGAAGAGUGGAGAGCUGACAGCCCUGGAGUUCAGCCUCUCCCCUGGGCUGCGAAGGAAACUGAACACGCGUCCAGUGCACCUGCAUCUCUUCAAUGACUGUCUGUUGCUGUCUCGGCCCCGAGAGGGUAGCCGAUUCCUGGUAUUUGAUCAUGCUCCCUUCUCCUCCAUCCGAGGGGAAAAGUGUGAAAUGAAGCUACACGGACCUCACAAAAACCUCUUCCGACUCUUCCUGUUGCACAACGCACAGGGCACCCAGGCUGAGUUCCUCUUCAGCACUGAGACCCAAAGUGAAAAGCUUCGAUGGAUCUCAGCCUUGGCCAUGCCCAGAGAGGAGUUGGACCUUCUGGAGUGUUAUGACUCCCCACAAGUACAGUGCCUUCGAGCCUACAAACCCCGAGAGAACGACGAGUUGGCCCUGGAGAAGGCAGAUGUGGUGAUGGUGACUCAGCAAAGCAGCGAUGGCUGGCUGGAGGGCAUGCGACUGUCAGAUGGGGAGCGAGGCUGGUUCCCUGUGCAGCAAGUAGAGUUCAUUUCCAACCCAGAGGUCCGUGCACGGAACCUGAAGGAAGCCCACCGAGUCAAGACUGCCAAACUACAGCUGGUGGAACAGCAGACCUAGCUAUUUUCUGGGAGGAAUUCCCUGAGCAUAAGGACAAGACGUUCCUGGAAAGGGCUGGCCCCAGAACCCUGCAACAGAGGCCUUCUGUGGACCAAGAAGUAGACCUUCUGAAAACUCGAGGACAAAAUGAAGCUACCAGUCGCGAGUCUCAAACCUCCUUUCAUGUGCUUUGUGCUUGGUGGAGGGAUUUUCAGGGACUUUGCACUGGAUUCUGAGAAUCUUUUCUCAUAAGAAAACAGACAAAUGGGGCCUAAGCCAAGGAACUUUACCUCUACUACCGUAUAGUACUUAAAUAUUCUCUGUUUCCAGAGUGCAGAUUCAGGGCUGACCAAAGUUUCCAUCAUGGCUACAAGUUAAAUGGAAUCUGACCUCAGUCCACUAGAGGGAGAUGUUUAAGGGGGAUUAGCACGUCAGAUGAGAGGGUCAACAGGGUGAUCUCUAAGGUAUCUUCCAACUUGAGAGAUUUUCCAUAAUUAUUGGUGUGGGGUCAGGGCAUGCAUCUCUGGGAUCUGUGUUGGUGGCAAUGUGAGGGUAGUACUCUCUCACUCUAAUAAAUUUGGCACUUCUCUGAGUGUUUUCUUCUCAGACUCCUGAGCACUGAACAAGGUACAGAACAUGGAAUCCCAUGAGGAUUCCAGGCCAUUUGAUUUAGGUGCCACGAAAGACCAAGAUGGUACCUAGGUCACGGCAGAUGCCAACUCUUGCUUUAUGACUUCCAAGAGUUUGGGCCGCUUUUCUGUUUGUUUUGGCCUCAGAUGUUGUAUAAGGACUUAGAAGGAAUUGAUGAGUGAUGAAAAUCCCAUUCAAACCUUCUUUUUUAUUGAACUCAUAAGUUAAGGCAUAGGUUAGUUGGAAUGGAUUUGGAAAUCCUACUCAGACCAUUCACAAUUUCAUAUUUUGACUUGAAUUAUGGUGAAGGUAUCUUCCCAGCUAUUUCAUUGUCUUUGUGAAAAGCAGCAUGUAUAAUGGAAGAGUCCUAGAACCCAAGUCAAGAGACCACCUCCAGUUAUUGCACUGCCAUGAUUCAGCCUGUCCAUGUCUCAGUUUCCUUUAAUGUAAAAGACAGGAUUGGACCAAGUAACUUCAAAGUCCUAUCCAAC